AUGUCGGAAUUUCAGAAAUCUCCGAAACGUGGUGGGUCUUUGGUCGUCGAAACUGGCUUCCCAACUUCUCUAAUCGAUCUCUUCGUCAAAAAUCGCGAUCGUUUAAAAAAAUCAUCCCCUAAACGCCUCAAACGCCAGUCUCAUACCGCUCCAAACGCUGUUUUCUCUGCUAAACCAGACGUGGCUCUGAAAAAACCCGAAGCUGUUCGGAGUUUAGUCGAGAAAGUUGAUUUCGUCGACGACGGAUUAGCCGCUGAGAACAAACGCGAAAAUGAUAAUAACGUUUGCGUUUGCGUUUUGAUGGCGUUUAAGAUUUUUAUAGUGUCGUUGCUCGCCUUGAGCACGAAGAAGAAGCUCACUAUAGGAAUCACUCUCUCCGCCUUCGCUCUCCUCUUAACAGAGCUCGCGGCGGCGCGUUUGCUCACGCGAUUCAAUCUCUUAAAAGCCGACAAAACCGAGACUUUUGAUGAUUCAAGUGAUAAGAAAGCGGUUUCUUGUCUGGAGGAAAAAACAGAGCAUGUAGCUGAAACAGAGGAUUCGAAUUUGAAACAAUUAAGGAUUCGUGAUCUAUUGUCGAAGGACGAGAAGUCGAAAAGUAAAAGUUCGAAGUUGAAAUCGAAGAUUUCUCGAGCUUGGAUUCGUCAGAAGAUAAAUCAGAGAGACUCGAGUUUGAGAGAGAGGAAGAAGAAGGGCUAA